AUGAAAGAAUCCCAGAGUUAUAGAAUUUCAAAUGGCUCUCACAGGUUUUUGGCGCAGUCAGAUGAAGACCCAGAGUCUUACUGUUGGGCUCCAAUCCACAAUAUAGACAAUCUUAAAGCUGCUAAUGAUAGCCAAGGCUCCCAUCUUGCAGUGAAAACUUUUACACAGUAUUGCACCCUUGAAUCGUCUUCCGGGACAAGCAGUAACCCUGUUCAAAAUUCUUCAUCUUCUGUUAGUUUCUCACCCAAUGGAAGCCCAUCAUCACAGCCUGAAACUCAGUCAUACCUUACAUACCAGCAUCUUUCUCCCGACAAUUUUUGUGGCUCUCCAGUGAGCCAUUCUUGCUUAACAGAUGAUACUGAUGACCUGAGGCACAAAAUAAGGGAAUUGGAAAGUGUUAUGCAAGGAACUGAUUCAGAUUUCCCUGAAAUGUAUAAUAUUUCAAACCAGGUUGAACAGAAUGAGGUCUCAUUAGAAGGAGACAAUUGGGGACGAUUGAUGGACAUGCUUUCUGCAUCAGACUUGAAAGGUCUACUUUUUAUUUGUGCUCAAGCAGUAGCUGAAAAUGACAAGUCGACAACAGAGUGGUUGAUCUCUGAAUUACGUCAAUUAGUGUCAGUUUCUGGUGAUCCCCUCCAACGUUUGAGUGCUUACAUGUUAGAAGGUCUUGUUGCAAAGAUGGCUUCUUCAGGAAGUUCUAUUUACAAAGCAUUAAGAUGCAAAGAGCCUGCUAGUGCUGAACUCUUCUCCUACAUGCAUAUACUGUAUGAAAUCUGCCCCUACUUCAAAUUUGGCUACAUGUCAGCUAAUGGGGCGAUAGCUGAAGCCGUUAAGGAUGAAAGUGUAGUUCACAUCAUUGACUUUCAGAUUGUUCAGGGUGCUCAGUGGAUGAUUCUAAUCCAUGCUCUUUCAACUCGGCCUGGGGGACCACCAAAGAUGAGGAUCACUGCCAUAGAUGACUCUACAUCUGCUUAUGCAAGAGGAGGCGGUCUUGAAAUUGUGGGAUUGAGAUUGUCAAAGAUUGCAGAGUCAUGUAAGGUACCUUUUGAGUUCAAUGCUGUUGACACUUCUGUAGCUGAGGUUCAACUUGAGGACCUUGGGGUUCGACCUGGCGAGGCAAUUGCAGUGAAUUUUGCCUUGAUGCUUCACCACAUGCCAGAUGAAAGUGUGGGCAGUCAGACUCCAAAUCACCGGGACAGGCUGCUGAGGUUGACUAAGAGCUUGUCUCCAAAUGUUGUAACCCUUGUUGAGCAAGAGCUGAACACCAAUACAGCUCCCUUUUAUUCUCGCUUUGUGGAGACAUUUAACUAUUACAUGGCUGUUUUCGAGUCUCUUGAUGUGACUCUGCCAAGGGAGCACAAGGAGCGGAUCAAUGUUGAGCAGCAUUGUCUGGCACGAGACAUUGUUAAUGUGAUAGCAUGUGACGGGCCUGAAAGAGUAGAACGCCAUGAGAUGCUUGGGAAGUGGAGGUCCCGAUUCACUAUGGCAGGGUUUAGACCUUAUCCGUUAAGCCCCUUGGUAAAUUCUACUAUAAAGGCGCUGCUUCAGAAUUACAGUGAGAAGUUCACACUUGAAGAAAGGGAUGGAGCUUUAUAUCUUGGCUGGAUGGACAAAGCUAUGAUCUCUUCAUGUGCAUGGAGGUGAAAAACUGAUUGUGAUUUAGGGUUGUUUCUAAGUCUUUAGGUAAAUUUUUGAGGUAGAGCUUUACUAGUAACAUGUAUUCUGAUAUCAGUUGUACUUUCUUUUUUCCUUACCUCCCCCCUUUUGUCCAACAUCUUUGUAAUGUAGUUAGAGUUGGUGUUAAAACUUAAAAGUAUAGAACUAGCCUCAAGUAAUGUUAAGACUUUUUCUACUAAUACUAGUUGAACUAAGAAAUGAAACUUGUACUUUUCUGUUA